GCCCGCCCCGCUCGCUGCUGCCGCCCGGGCCCGGCGCGGCCAUGGCGGGGCUGGAGUUGCUCUACGCCUCGGCCAGAGCCGCCAUCUCCAGCCCGCAGGACGCGCUGCUCUGCGGCGUCCACUGGGAGCUGGUCCGGCACGGCUACCGCUGCCUCGGCGCCGGCGACCAGCCAGGUCCUGAUGAAAGGAAGUCGGAGCUGUUGCCCGCUGGCUGGGAAGCCAACAAGGAGCUGUAUACCCUGCGCUACAAGUCCACGGACGAUGCCCGUGAGCUGCUGCUGAAAGCCAUCAUGGUGGAGGACAGCAUGAUCCUCAACGCCAUGGACAAAGGUUCUCAGAAGGUGGCAGAUGUGACCUUGGCGGUGGCCGACUACAUCGACCCAGAGCACCUGGAGGAUUUCCACAGGGUGUACAGGAACACGGAGGAGCUGAGGACAAGGAUUGCUUCGGGCAUCAUCGCUCCCCUCGGGGCCCCCGCAGAAAAGGCCAAGAAGGAGCCUGAGAAGAAGGAUCCUGACUCACCGCGGGGUUACGACCCCCUCAGGAUCCCUCCCCAUCGCCCAGCAGGAAUGAGAGCCCCGACCCGGCCUUCCCCCUUGAGCCCCUUUGCUGUUGGUGGGGAAGAUCUGGACCCUUUAGGACGUCAGAGUGGGGGAAUGAUCAUGGAUCCUCUCCGGUCUGGCUUCCCACAGCCCGGCAUUGACCCAUCAUCAGGCAUCCCAGGCCGGCUCCCCCCAGGGGCAGUCCCACCCGGAGCCAGAUUCGAUCCCUUCGGCCCGUUAGGGGCUGGCAGAUCCGGACCAGAUCCCGACCACCUUCCCCCUCCAGGCUAUGAUGACAUGUUCAUGUGAGGGGUCACCCCUUGGCUCCUCAUGGCCGUGGCCAGAGCAGGCUCCUGGGAGGCCGGGGCACUUCCUCCAACUCGCUCCCUGUUUGGUGGAUCUUCUCAGCAGCGUUUCCCUUCUCCCCAUUUGGAGCUACAUUCCCGUGUGUCAGAGCAGCCAUAAAGGUUUCCCUGUGUGCAGAACAGAG